CUCCACCCUGCAGGAGUGACACCUGCUCAGGAAGUACUGGUUGCCCAUGAAGUUGGUGCGGUCGUAGACCAUGAAGCAGCCUCUCUCCACCCUGCAGGAGUGACACCUGCUCAGGGUACCCUCGGGCUAUGUUUGUCUCAGGUGUGCUCUUACCUGCCCAGGUGUGUUCAUUCCUUCCUGGUGGCAGCAGAAGCAGGAUCCACCAGAGUCCACAGCAGCUUGUCAACAUGAUCUUCAUCAUUUUAAUUGUUUUUCUUCCAGGGACUCAGCUGCAAGACCUCCAGGAUCUCCAGGAUCUCCAGGAUCAGUGUCCCACUGGCUCCUGUAACCCCCAGCUCGGUGACUUGAUGGUGGGUCGAGCGGCGCAGCUGUCGGCCUCUUCCACCUGCGGCCUGGAUGGACCACAGAACUACUGCAUUAUUGGAUACCUGGAGGAGGAACAGAAAUGUUUCACGUGUGACUCACGGCUGCCGUACAAUCGCUAUAGCAACCCCAACAGCCACCGCAUUGAGAACGUCAUCACGACCUUCGACCCCGAGAGAAAAAUGAAGUGGUGGCAGUCUGAGAACGGUGUUCAUCACGUUAGCAUCAGGCUAGAUCUGGAAGCAGUGUUCCAAUUCAGUCACCUGGUCCUCACCUUCAAGAGCUUUCGACCAGCAGCCAUGUUGGUAGAGCGUUCGAAGGAUUUUGGACAAAGUUGGAAAGUUUUUCGUUUUUUCGCAGAAGAUUGUUCGCUUAAUUUUCCUUCAGUGUCAAACCAACCAGCUAACAGCGUCGACGACGUCAUCUGUGACAGCAGAUACUCCGGCUCACAGCCAUCCACUGAUGGAGAGGUGGUGCUAAAAGCUUUGGAUCCCAUCUUUGAAAUAGAAAACCCUUAUGCACCCAACAUCCAAGAUCUAAUCACCGUGACGAAUAUUCGGGUUAACUUCACUCGUCUCUUCACGCUGGGGGACACGCUACUCGGUCGAAGACGCCGGAACCCUCAGGACAAAUAUUACUACGCUCUUUACAACAUGGUGGUCCGAGGCAGCUGUUUCUGUAACGGACACGCCAGCCAGUGUACACCUGUGGACCGAAGACGGGGCGAUGUCUUCACCCAGACUGGCAUGGUUCAUGGUCGAUGUGUCUGUUGGCACAACACAGCUGGAGAGAACUGUGAGAGAUGUCAGGACUUUCACCAUGACUCCCCCUGGAGGCCAGGAGGAGAAGACACAAUCGACAUCUGCAGGAGAUGUAACUGUCACGGUCACUCGGACUCAUGUCACUUCGAUGCUGCUCGAUUCGAAGAGACAGGCGGUGUGAGCGGUGGUGUAUGUGAUGACUGCCGCCAUGACAGGACAGGGCCUCAGUGUGAACUAUGUCGACCUUUUCUGUAUCAGGACCCACAGAGAGUGGUGGAAGACCCGCACGCCUGCAUACCAUGUGACUGCGACCCGGCUGGUUCUCAGGGUGGUGGGCUGUGUGACGCUCUGAGCGGUCGAUGUGUGUGUAAAGAAAAUGUUGAUGGUCAACGCUGCGAUCGCUGCAAACAAGGCUUCUUCAGUCUGCGACAGGACAACCCAGCCGGCUGUCAGGCAUGCAGGUGUCAUGGUUUGGGAAGUGUCGGGUCAUGUGAUCAGGUGACCGGAAGUUGUGAAUGCAACCUUUUGGCAACUGGACCGCUGUGUGAUCGUUGUCUGGAGGGUUUCUGGGGUUUGGGAAACUCUGCGUUCAGAUGUUCACCCUGCGACUGUGAUAUCGGUGGAGCUCACAGCAACAGGUGUUCUCCAGAAGACGGACAGUGUCACUGUUUACCCAACAUGGUGGGUCGGCGCUGCUCGAACCCUGCCCCCGGCCACUUCCUGCCUCCACUGGACUAUUUCCUGUAUGAGGCAGAACUCGCUGCUCCGCUGCAUGGAAGAGCUUCUUCUUCUCCUCCUCCUUCGACUCCUCCAUCUUCUUCUUCUUUGUUGAAUCCGGUGGUGUUACCAAAGUGCGAGCAGUACUUCAGAGAGCAGGGUUACGACUUUAAGUUCACUAACGGACGAGUUGUUUUGGUUCGGCGCACUCGGCGCACUCCACGCACCCGCCACAGGAGACAGGGACAGCAGAGCAGCAUCCCUCUGGACCCGGGUCACGCCCUACAGAUUGUUCCCCGUCAGAAAACAGCUGAUCAGCCAGUCACCUGGACCGGCCUGGGAUUGGUCAGAGUAUUAGAGGGGGUGGGGCUUAGGUUCACUGUGGACAACCUCCCAUCAUCGAUGGAUUACCAGCUGGUGAUUCGUUAUGAGCCUGAGGCUCCGUCUGACUGGCUGGCUUCAGUCAGCAUCACCACAGUGUCGCUGGGUGACGGCAGCUGCAGCAGUGACCCGGCAGAAAGUAAAACUCUGAUCCUUCCUGGAAACUCAAGAGGAGCUGUUCUGGACUCUCCUGUGUGUCUGAACACAGGCGGUCGGUACUUUGUGGACAUUGUCUUUGACAAACAACCCGGAUCUGACGUUUCAUCCAGUUCUCACAUCCUGAUUGACUCGAUGGCCCUGAUUCCCAGUAUCGAGUCUGUCCAAGAUUUCUGCUCCCAGAGCGACCUUGACGCUUUCCGCAGCUUUCGUUGCAUUGGACUGGCUGCCAAACUUAGUCCCCAGGAGUCACUACCAGAAGUUUGUGAGGGACUCAUGAAGAGCAUGUCGGCACGAAUCCACAAUGGAGCAGCUCCUUGCAGGUGUAACGUUGCUGGCUCGCUUGGACCUUUCUGUAGUGAACUGGGAGGGCUCUGUGAAUGUAAACCUAAUGUGAUUGGCCGUUGUUGUGAUACGUGUGCACCACUGACAUUUGGAUUCGGACCGGGCGGCUGCAAACCAUGUGAGUGUGACCCUCAUGGUUCAGUGUCGGAGCUAUGCGAUCAGAUCAGAGGUCAGUGUGCAUGUCGUUCAGAUGUAACCGGUCGACGCUGUGAUCGCUGUCAGUCGGGAUUCUGGGGUUUCCCGUUCUGUCGAGCCUGUGAAUGUAACGGACUAUCGGAGGAAUGUGAUGAAGAGACCGGCGAGUGUCUGAACUGCAGGGAGCACACCACCGGACCCAACUGUGACAGGUGUAUGGAUGGUUUCUAUGGUGACCCUGUCUCCAGAAAGCCCUGUCAGCCCUGCCUGUGUCCAGAUGUACAGAACAGUGGGCGAUUCUUUGCCACUUCCUGCCAACACAACCCACAAUUGCUCAGUAUGGACUGUAACUGCAGGGAAGGGCACACAGGUCCACGGUGCGACAGAUGCAGCCCUGGUUUCUAUGGCAACCUGGCAUUGCCAGGUGCCAGUUGUGAGGAGUGUCCCUGCAACAACAACAUCGAGCUGGGAGACCGCAACGCCUGUGACGGCCUGACGGGAGAAUGUCUGCGCUGCCUUCACAACACGUUUGGACCACGAUGCCAAGACUGCAAACCUGGUUACUACGGCAACGCCCUGGACCAGGACUGCAAAGAAUGCUCCUGUGACCGGCGGGGGACUGAAGUGACUCAGUGUCCUCUGGGGAGUCCCUGUUUCUGUGACUCGAGGACAGGACAGUGUCCCUGCAGGACAGGGGUGGAGGGCGUCUUGUGUGACGAGUGUGAGGACGGAUACUGGAACCUGGGUGGAGUGUCGGGGUGUCAGCCAUGCAGCUGUGACUCUGUUAACUCUUUCUCCAACAUCUGCAACAAGGUGACAGGACAGUGUCCGUGUCGUUCUGAAUUUGGAGGAAGACAAUGUGAUGAAUGUGGAGAGAAUCACUUUGGGAAUCCAGACCUGCAGUGUAUCUCUUGUGACUGUAACAUGGAGGGAACCGAGCGUCCAUCAUGUGAUCCAGAAACCGGCGAAUGUAUCUGUCGGCUCGGAGUCACUGGUAUUUUCUGUGAUGAGUGUGCACCCGGGUACGACCCAACAUUUCCAGCAUGCAGGCAGUGCCACCCCUGCACCGCCCUCUGGACCCAAGAUGUGACCGACGUCCAGCGAGCUGCCCUAAUGAUGAGAAACUUCAUCCCUCACCACAGCGACAACCUGCGGCCUGAAAACAGUCGCCGUCGACAAGGGAUGCUGGAGAUUCACUCCAAGCUGGACACCCUCUCCAACUUGACAGGACUGUCCCUGUCAAAGGUGGAGAAGGUGGAGAGACUGUGUGCGAUGAUCAGGAAGCUUACAGACGUCACGGACCCGAAUGUGAUCCUGAUCGACCCAUCUCCUCUCCUCAACGCUGAAAUCGAAAAUAUUCAUCUCGAGUUCAAGAAGCUGCUGAACAACCUGAAGCAGAAAGUGUCUGAAGAUCCGGACAGUGAAGAUGAAGACGUGGAGGAGAUGCUGGAUGAGAUCAAGAAGCUUCAUAGAGCCUUCAUGUCAGACGAGAAGAGAGUGAGAAAUGCUAACAAAGCUGUGGAGGUUUCCAUGGACACCAGACAGGAAGUCAAACACAAACUGAGCAUGUGCAGCAGCAGAGGAGACCUGGCACCACUGGAGAAGAGGGUCAAAGAGCUCAGUGUGGUCGACCUCAACCGAAAGGUCUGUGGAGCAGCAGGUCUGGAGGACUGCUCAGGAUGUGCUGGAGCUCUGUGUGUUGUGGAUCUUGGAAAGAGAAGAUGUGGAGGUCCAGACUGUGAUGGAGCAGUUCCUGUGAGUCAGAAGGCUUCAGAGAUGGCAGACAGAGCGAAUGAGCAACUCAUCACACUCCCGUCCAGACUGCAGGAGUCCAACAACAAGAUCAAUGAUGCCCAACAGGCGGCUCAGGAUACCAAAGACCAAGCCAAAGAGCUGCAGGACCGGAUAAAUGACAACAUGGACUCCUACGAGAGAGAGAAGAAGAAAACCAAGGAGCUUAUCCAGCGAGUCAAAGACUAUCUGAUGGAUGAGAUGGUUCCUCCAGAAGACAUUGAAAAAAUGGCCCGAGCUGUUCUGGACAUCCAGCUGCCACGAUCACCUGAUCAGAUUCGAUCAAUGAUCAAUAACAUCAACAAUCUGCUGUCCAACACCUCCAACUUCCAGGACAACCUGAGUAACCUAGAGGAGCAUGCCAUGAUGGGCCAGGACCUGCUGCAGAAAUCUCAAGAGCUUAAGGAGCGGACAAAGAACAUUGAUGUGACAGAGAUCACCAGGAACAUUUAUGAAGCAGAGAAAGCUCAGGACAAAGCCAACGACGACCUGGAAGCAGCCAGCAGGGACAGAGACACGACCAGAGAUCGAGUCCAAGACAUUAAAGACAAAAUGGACAACAUCGAAACAAAGCUGAUGGAUCAUCAAGUUGAAGCUCUGAAGGACAAGAUCGACGCCCUGAAGAAGAAAACAGAACUGAACCGACAGAUGGCGAGAGAUGCCAGAGAGACUGCAGACUCUGUGUUAAACAACACUACUGACGUACAGACAGAUCUGGACGAUGUGAGGAAGCUGUUUGAGCUUCUGAAGCAGAAAAAUGAGAAUGAGAUGGAUCAGAGUGGAGCUGGUGAACGACUGAAGAACAUCACGGAGGAGGUGGAGAGGAUGAAGAGACAGGUGGAGGACAAACUCAGACAGAUAAAAGAUCUAGAGGAGAAGAUCCAUCAGUUGAUCAGGAGAAAAGAAGACAAAGCAGCCGAAGUAUCCACGUUGUUGGAGACAGUGGAUUCCCUCCGAAAAGAAAUCUCCAAACGAGCAGAAGGAUACGUCAGCUGUACUUCAUAAAUACUACGGAAUACUUAAAAUACUUAAUACACUGUUGAAUUCCGAUCAAUACUGGUUUAUCAGUUAAUUUGUUAAAGGAUGUAUUGAUGUGUUGAAACUGGAUCAAUACUGGUUUAUGAGUUGAUUAGUUUAUGGUUUAUUGAUGAUGUGUUGAAUGUGACGUUCCUGAGGGUUCUAGUUUUGGACCCUUGUUGUUCCCGAUGAACACUGAUGCACGUCUGAUGUUUCAUUUCAGAUGAUUAUUGACCUUUACUUUUUCACUGUCACUCUGAAUAACUAAUCCAGUCACACUCAUUAGAGCUUUAGCACAUCAGAGAUUUUGUGCAUGUGGACCCACUGUUUUACUUUUUCAGCAUGCUUUUAUUUUCAUUUGAAAUUAAUAAUGGGAAUUUAGUUAUUUUUCACAAUAAAAUGCACCAAAUAGUUUUGAAUGAACUGUCUGCUGUAAAAAAUAAUUAAGACUUUCUCAUAUUUUCUGUCUGAUAAAUUCAAAGAUUAAUAAAAUAUUUCACAUAGGUGCUCAGA